UACAGGUCCUAUUAUGAAUGCGUCUCUAUAAGAGCUGCUCGAAAUGGAUGAUACAAAGAUUAUAUACCACAUAGAUGACGAAGAGACCCCCUAUUUAGUUAAAAUUGCUGUAUGUCCGAGCGCUGUUACCUUAGGGGACUUUAAAAAUGCUCUAAACCGACCAAAUUACAAGUUUUUCUUCAAAUCAGUUGAUGCUGAUUUCGGAGUCGUGAAAGAAGAAAUAGCGGAUGAUGAUGCAAGACUACCAUGUUUCAAUGGAAAAGUCAUUUCAUGGCUUGUUUCUGCAGAUAGUAGUACAAAAUCAGAUAACCAUUCAAACGGUGCAGGUGAAAACCACCUUUCCAGUCAAAAUAAAAAUUCUACAAACUUCAACAAAACUCCCGACAAUAUACACAGUGCCUCGAAAAAUGAAAUCCCCAGUGAACAAGAACAUGCCAUUGGGACAACAGGGCAUGGUCUUGAGGAAUGUGAUACUUGUGUCGAGACAGACUCAGUGUAUAGCGGUGAUCGGGUUCCUCCUCUGAAAAAUUUUCAUAAUUACAAGCAUGGUUCGCGCUUGGCUAAACUUGGUCAAAGAAUCCAAAACUAUGAAACAUCUUCAUCCAUGAUGAGUUCAGAUCUGGAAUCCACAAGCUUUUUCGAUUCAGAAGACGAAUCAAGCAGAUUUUCAACAGCAACAGGUACAACUAUGUCUUCGGCUAAAUAUCCAAGACAUAGAAGACAACGAAGACACAGACGAAUUCUUCCAAUAAGACGUACCAGUGAAGAUGCUACUUCUUUUAGCAGUGUAACCGAUUCCACAAUGUCUCUCAAUAUAAUUACCGUCACUUUGAAUAUGGAUUCAGUGAAUUUUCUUGGAAUCAGUAUUGUUGGUCAAUCUAACAAAGCAGGAGAUGGUGGUAUCUACGUAGGAUCUAUUAUGCGUGGUGGAGCUGUUGCACAAGAUGGUCGAAUAGAACCUGGAGAUAUGAUACUAGAAGUAAAUAGAAUCAGCUUCGAAGAUAUGAGUAAUGAUGAGGCUGUAAGAGUUUUACGUGAGGAAGUUCAAAAGCCUGGUCCUAUCACUUUAGUGGUGGCAAAAUGUUGGGAUCCCAGUCCAAAGAACUACUUCACAAUUCCUCGUCAAGAACCAGUUCGCCCAAUUGAUCCUCGGGCUUGGGUCUUACAUACAAAUGCGAUGACUGGAGCACUUGGAACACCUGGAUUUGAUGGAAAUACACCUUUUUUUGGUUCAGGAUCACCUGCUGCUGGAAUGGCAAUGAUUCCUGGCCAUUUUAUGGGUAUGACUCCAUCCUCUGGAUUGUCCGUACCAUCUAUGCCUCCUGGUAUGCCUCCUUUAAUUUUACCACCUUCAAUGGCUGGAAUCAAUGCAAUACCUUCAUCUAAUAUGACUACUAAAUCAUUACCAGAAGUUGCUGAUGGUGAUGGUUUAACUGGUGGGUAUCAUCGCAGUAGAGGUCCGGCAAGUAGUGGAGUUGUUGGUGGGCCAGGAAGUACGAAAACUAACGGUUCCCGAUCAGGAGGUGAGACAACUGUCGAUGCUAAAGGUACUCAGUCACUUCUGUCUGGUGCGAAUGGCAAAUCAUCCACAUCAUUAACUGUAGCUUCUGAUAUGGCUUCUGUAGUUCAUGAUAUGUUGAUGUCUGAUUCUGGUCUAGAAAUACGUGAUCGAACGUGGCUGAAAAUAACCAUCCCAAAUGCUUUUAUUGGCUCUGAAUUAGUUGAUUGGUUAUUCACACAUGUAGAUGGUUUUGCAGAUCGGCGAGAUGCUCGGAGGUAUGCAUCCAACCUACUGCAUUAUGGUUAUAUUUGUCAUACCGUUAAUAAGAGUACAUUUUCCGAACAAUGUUACUAUACUUUUGGAGAUAUAGCCACAACGUUGUCUCAUCUUAAUUUAGACGAAGUAGAUUCAGUUUCUGAAAUCGGUGCUAAUUCUUCAUCUCAUACUGGUACUCAUCCUAUGAUGCCUCAAAUGUAUCCUCACGUCCACCAUGUGCUUCCUGAUGCUCCUGGUGGUGGUUCAGCUACAGGUCUAUCAUCAGUACAAAAUCAAAAUGCUCCAUCUAAUCCUAAUCUAGGUUUAAUGUCAUCUCCUAUACCUGGUGAAGGGAAUUCACUUGCUCAAACCAACUCUCAUUAUCCCUACCCACCUGUACUUUAUCCUAUUCCAUCAACAGCUCCUGUGUCUUCAUCUGGUCCUUGUAAUGUUGAUGCGAAUGGAAAUGACUGUAGUUUUGUUAACCCAAACUCAUCUGCUCUUUCUGGUCUUAGAAAUAGAAUGUCAAAUAACGGUCAAAUGGGUGUGGAUUCUGCCAUGUAUCCGGUAAAUACCACUACCAUGGCUCCUCAUACACGUUCUGUUAUUCCUAAUCAGACACAUGUUACUACUAUGAAUGCUACAUCAAAUCAAAAGAUACAACAGCAGAAAGUAAACAACUCUUCCUCGUCUAGUUCAUCUCGUUCUUCUGCAUCUUCAACAUCUUCCUCUUCUACCGGUUAUUCUGGUAACAGACGUCCAGCUGGUCUAUCGGCUAAUACUACUACUCAAACACUUAACACCAAUGUUCCUCAAAGUAUGAUCACACCACUAGAUACCUCAGCUUCUAAAGGCCUUCCUUCCUUAAAUAAGGGUAUUCAACGACGCACUGAUCCAUCAAGUGUACAAAGUCUUUCCGUCUCAUCUCAUCCAUGUUUUUGUAUGCCAUUCAUCCGAAAAACUCUUAAUUCAUCAUCGCAUGCUAAUAAUAAUAAUAUUAAUAAUGCAUGUAAAAAAUUAGAUACACAACAGAAGCAACAAGAAGAAGAACAACAACCAUGUCAAACUAAAAAUGUUGUGCAUGAUCGCCAUUCUGAUCUGCAUGAACUAGAUUCCGCAAAAAAAUCAUUAAUAUUGUUAUCCGAUGAGAAUGUCAAUAAUAAUAAUUAUAAGAUAGUUGAUAAUCUAUCAUCAGUUGCCAUUACUAAUUCUACCAUAUCUACUACUCCUACAAAUGAUAAUCGACGUAAUUCAUACUCAGUGAAAUCAUUAAACCAACAAAUAACGAAUAAUGUUAUUGAUAAUGACCGAACAACAACAAUAACCACUACUAGUGAAUGUUACAGUAAUAAUAAAGAAAUAGAUCAUAAUGACAGUGAUAAUAAUAAUCAAUUAUUUUUUUUGGCAAAACAUGACAGUAUCAUUAAUAAUGAUUUCAGUACUGAACAUUUAUCAUUCAUGGAAGAUAAAAUACAUGAAUCAGGUUUGAUAUCGUGCAUACAUAUAAGUACAUUAUUAUAGAUUAUUACUACUAAUUCAGUUAUAUGAUUUGACUAGCUUUAGGGUGUAUAUAGUCUGUUUUGUACUAUAGAUAAAUAAUCUCAAAAAAUAGGCAAGUAUAAUGCACACUCACUGUAUAAUCACUUACUAUUAUUACUAUUACUAUUAUUAUUAAUAUCGUCUAGUUCUUACAAUAAAUCAAGUAUAUUUUUUGGUUAUUUCUUCACAUAUCAAACACAAUAAUUUUUGGUACAUUAAACUAAUGGUAAUUUACUGCACUUUUCUUUUAACAGCUCAUGGUUUAUGCUAGAAGACAUCAUCUAUUUGUGUUUUUUUCCUUUACUAAUUGCAACCAUAGUUCCACUUAUGAUAUAUACAUAUAUAUGUUUUUUCUGUGUGUAAUAUGUUUAACAGUUUAAUUCUCCAAUUGGAUACUCCUACGCUUCUAACACGCUUUUUUUCAUUACUUUCAAUUUUAGGCACAAGCAGUACUAGUUCUGCAAGUCGCCAAAAUGGAACUGGGGCAAGUGCUGCUGGGAGUGGUAGCGGCAGUGCCGUAACUACACAUGUACUCAAAAAAUUUAACACGAAUAAUAAUGGUAAUAAUAAUAACAGUGUAUCUAAUAAAUCCGAAUUUCUUGACAAUGUUCAACGUACACAGCAUGGUAUGGAUUUUAACAAUGCAUUUCGUCAAACUAACUGCAAUUUAGUCAAAGAUUCAAACAAUAAACCAGAACUCAAUCAAUCAUUUAAUCAUACAAUGACAACUGGUGGAAGUAACCUUACCACUGGUGGAAUUCACAAUAAUCAGAGAUGAAGUAGUCUAUGCGUUCAUUCAUUCGUAUACAUAAACUGACAGAUUACUCUUUCUAUAAAUUGCAAAUUAAAGACCUUCAGUUUGCCGAUUAAUGGCAUAAUCAUUUGUGGAUCUGUUUAAUUUUCUUCUAUCUGAAAAUCCGACAAAGAAUAAAAUGUUACAGUGGAAAAGACAUUCAUCUU